CUGUCCCCUGGCCUGGGAGAUCCAGGUUUGGAGGAGCAAGUCCAGCCGGCUCUUAUGGUAUUUCCUCGUGGUCUUCACGGCAAUGAAGAUGUCCUUCAGCUCGAGGCUCUCCCUGGCCGCGCUGCCGGCCGGCCCGAGGCGGCCCCUCCGCGCAAGCGGCGAGCUCCCCGCGAGGCUGCCGCCCGGCGCCCGGGCAGAGCCGUGGGGGCGCGGCGGGGGCGCGCUGGGCCCGGCGGCGGGCGGCGGGCGGGGCGCGGCGGGGCGCUGCCCCCGCGGCAGCAGCAGCAGCAGGAGGGCGGCGGCGCCCAGGGACAGCAGAACCCCGGCCCGGCGCAGCCCCGGGCAAGGACCGUUCAUGCUGCAGCCCCGCGGGCCCCCGCCGCAGGGUGCGGCCGCCUCAUGGCCCCGCGCUCCGGGAGGUGGCGGCGGCCCCGCGGAGGGAGCGCCCGGAGGUCGUCGAGCCGCCGCCGCCGCCGCGGGGCCGAGCGGGGCCGCGGCCCCUUUAAGAGCUUCACCUGUCGGCCGCGGCCUCGCCGCGCCGCGCGGCCCGGAACCGGAGGCGGAAGCGGAGCGGGAGGGGCGGGCGGCCGGAAGCGGCGGCGUGAGGGGAGGAUGCCGCUGCCCGUCCAGGUCUUUAACCUGCAGGGUGCAGUGGAGCCCAUGCAGAUUGACGUGGAUCCACAAGAAGAUCAGCAAAAUUCACCUGAUAUCAACUAUGUGGUGGAGAACCCCACGCUGGAUUUGGAGCAGUAUGCGUCCAGCUACAGCGGGCUGAUGCGAAUCGAGCGGCUGCAGUUCAUUGCUGAUCACUGCCCACAGCUGCGGGUGGAAGCUCUCAAGAUGGCUCUGUCAUUUGUCCAGAGAACUUUUAACGUUGAUGUGUAUGAAGAAAUCCACAGAAAGCUGUCUGAGGCCACGAGAGAACUGCAAAAUACACCUGAUGCCGUCCCUGACAGUGGAAUUGAACCUCCUCCUCUUGACACAGCUUGGGUUGAAGCUACACGCAAAAAAGCUCUUCUUAAACUGGAGAAACUCGAUACAGAUCUGAAAAAUUACAAAGGGAACUCUAUCAAGGAGAGUAUCAGGAGAGGCCACGAUGAUUUAGGUGAUCACUACCUGGACUGUGGGGACCUCAGCAAUGCUCUCAAGUGUUACUCGCGAGCCCGUGAUUACUGCACCAGUGCUAAACAUGUCAUCAACAUGUGUCUCAAUGUUAUCAAGGUCAGUGUCUACCUCCAGAACUGGUCUCAUGUUCUGAGCUAUGUAAGCAAGGCUGAGUCUACACCAGAAAUUGCAGAACAAAGAGGAGAAAGAGAUAGCCAGACACAAGCAAUUCUCACCAAACUGAAAUGUGCAGCAGGCUUGGCCGAACUAGCUGCCCGGAAGUACAAACAGGCAGCAAAGUGCUUCUUGUUGGCAUCAUUUGAUCACUGUGAUUUCCCUGAGCUGUUAUCUCCCAGCAAUGUGGCUGUGUAUGGUGGGCUCUGUGCCCUUGCUACAUUUGACCGUCAGGAACUGCAACGAAAUGUUAUCUCCAGUAGCUCCUUCAAAUUGUUUUUGGAGCUGGAGCCACAGGUUCGUGACAUCAUCUUCAAGUUUUAUGAAUCUAAGUAUGCUUCAUGCCUGAAGAUGCUGGAUGAGAUGAAGGACAACCUGCUGCUAGAUAUGUACCUUGCACCUCAUGUCAGGACACUUUAUACCCAGAUUCGAAAUCGUGCCCUUAUCCAGUACUUCAGCCCCUAUGUGUCGGCAGACAUGCGCAAGAUGGCCACUGCUUUUAACACCACAGUGGCUGCUCUGGAAGAUGAACUCACUCAGCUGAUCUUGGAGGGACUGAUCAAUGCCAGAAUAGACUCACACAGUAAGAUUCUGUAUGCUCGAGAUGUAGAUCAGCGCAGCACAACUUUUGAGAAGUCUUUACUGAUGGGCAAAGAGUUUCAGCGCCGUGCCAAAGCAAUGAUCCUGCGAGCCGCAGUGCUGCGCAACCAGAUCCACGUCAAGUCUCCUCCGAGGGAAGGUAGCCAAGGGGAGCUCACUCCAGCUAACAGCCAAUCCAGAAUGAGCACCAACAUGUGAAAAACUUCGUGCACUACCAAAAGAAAUGGUCCCUCAGGACUGUACCCAGUGUCUCACCCACUAACUGCUGAGCUUCACAAACUGGCCCUAUCUCCCUCACUUCCUGCUCGGAUUGAGAGAGUCAGGGUUGGUGGUGGAUAAUAUGAAUAUUCCAAUAACUUCAAUUCUCCUUGAAAAGAAAUUCUUUUUAAAAACAGCAUCCCUGCAAAUGGGUCAUCAUUUCAGUUUUGGUAGAAAACCUUCACUCUCCUUCCACCACUCCAUAAAGAGCUGUCAGGUCAUCCUUACAGAUGCUGAGUUGAGAGUUUUUCAGCUGCUAAUAGUUUUCUCAUUUCAAAGCUGCAAAAAUAGUUGAAUGGACAGGCAUGAUAUAAGAUGAAUUCUGCUGGCCUGAAAGUAUUGCCUCAAUUUUGAGCAAUGCUGAGCUUUCUGUUUUCCAAAUAAACUUACAAGUGCAUUGCUCUCAGUUAUGGAGCUAGAGCUCUGAUGGGGGAGGAGAUUUCCUUUGAGAAACUCUUGGAGAAUUUUCACCUGUACCAGAAAACAUGGCAUUGCUUCCAUGCAUUCAGUCACAGGCCUUUAUUUUAGGGUUUUAUGUUUGCCUGCAGCCAGGUUCUCUCUCUCUCUCUGGUCUCUGUUUUCAAAGAGCUGUUUCCUGAUGUGUUUCCCUGUUGUGUGUGACCUGGCUUUAGGGUCCAGUGUUAUCAUAGCAGUAAAUCUCUACUUCAUGCAAAUAUUGCUGCUUGCCCAGUCUUACUGCCAUAGUGUGUGAUGAUUUUCCCACAUGUGCAACAGUUGUUUUGGGUAGAAUGAAUAAAUGCCACAAAACACCAGUCAAGUCUUGUGGAAGCCCUAAAAAGAGUCAGUCUAGUGCCCACUCUCCAGGUGCAUUUAUUCUGCUUUUCUUUUUAUAAAGGGGUUAAAGGUGGCAGCCCAGUGUGUGUGUGUGCUCUUCCUGUGUUCAUGAAAAGAGAUAUGCACUGAAUUUUCUGAAGUCACUGCAGCCUUGUAUUCAUCUAAUCCAUAAGGCAAGCUGAGAAUUUUGAUCCAGCCCUGACUGGUCUGGCAAGUGACUACAGAUGUUACUUUUAAUGUGUUCAUGCUUUUUUUUAAAAAAAAUAAGUUGUUAUAUCUAGUGCAUUAAAGAGCGGGAUUAAAAAAAA